AGCCGGUCAGGAUCAGCGGCUUUGUCUGUCUCUUUCCCACCGCCUCCCUCCAGGCUCCCCUGCCCUUUGAUCCACCUGGUCCUCGCCAGCUUGCAGCUCCAAGGCAGGCUGACCCCUCUUCCGGCCAAAGCCCGGGACCCUCCUUGAGUCCGUUCUCUCUGGUCUUUCCGGGAAUUUGCAUCUUCGGUCAUCCCCUCUCUCUCGCACAUGAGAUCCUCGCUGGACACGUAUCUCCAUCCCACCCUGCACGCCUCUGCCCCUCACGCUGGACACUCCAUCUCUCCUUCGACACUGCUGCCGCCCCGGUGCGAGGGCUCGUCGCCCAAUGCCCAGAACUCCUGCAAUAGCCUGUUGGUUGGUCUGCCUACCACAAGGCUCUCUUUCCUCUGAUCCAUCCUGCUGUCCAUUCAGUUGUCAAAAUGAUCUUCCUAAAGUACAGGGUCUUAAAAUUGGAAUUAAAUAAAGACCGAGAUGUGGAAAGAAUACAUGGCAAUGGUGUCAACACCCUUGAUAUCGAACCUGUUGAGAGGAGAUACAUGUUGUCAGGUGGUUCAGAUGGCGUUAUUGCACUUUAUGACCUUGAAAACUUCAGCAGAAAUGUUCAUUACACAUGCAAAGCUAUUUGUUCUGUGGGCAGAAAUCAUCCUGAUGUUCACAAAUACAGUGUAGAGACAGUGCAGUGGUAUCCUCAUGAUACUGGCAUGUUCACCUCUAGCUCAUUUGAUAAAACUCUGAAAAUAUGGGAUACAAACACAUUACAGCCUGCAGAUGUAUUUCAUUUUGAGGGAACAGUCUAUAGUCAUCAUAUGUCUCCAGUUGCCACCAAACACUGUUUGAUAGCAGUUGGUACUAAAGGCCCCAAAGUACAACUUUGUGACUUAAAGUCUGGAUCCUGUUCCCACAUUCUACAGGGCCAUAGACAGGAAAUAUUAGCAGUUUCCUGGUCUCCACGUUACGAAUAUAUCUUGGCAACAGCAAGUGCUGACAGUAAAGUAAAAUUGUGGGAUAUUAGGAGAGCAUCAGGAUGCCUGAUUACCCUUGAUCAGCACAAUGGGGAAAAGUCAAAAGCAUCUUCUGAAGCAGCAAACACAGCCCAUAAUGGAAGAGUUAAUGGCCUGUGCUUUACAAGAGAUGGGCUUCACCUUCUAACUACUGGAACAGAUGAUCGAAUGAGGCUCUGGAAUAGUUCCAAUGGAGAAAACACACUAGUAAACUAUGGUAAAGUCUGUAAUGAAAGUAGAAAAGGAUUGAAAUUUACCAUCUCUCAUGGCUGCAGUCCAGAAUUUGUCUUUGUACCAUAUGGUAGCACCAUUGCUGUUUAUACAGUUUACUCAGGAGAACUGAUAACUAUGCUUAGGGGACAUUAUAAUACUGUUGACUGCUGUGUAUUUCAACCUAAUUUCCAGGAACUUUAUAGUGGUAGCAGAGACUGUAAUAUUCUUGCUUGGGUGCCAGCUUUACGUGAACCCCUGCCUGAUGAAGAUGACGAGGUUGUAUCUCAUUCACAGAAAAAUCCAGCAUUUCAAGAUGCAUGGAGCAGCGGUGAUGAAGAAGGAUAAAUUUAAAUUAGUUGAUAGAAUAAAAGGGACUUUAUGCUCUCCAUUGAUGAGAAUCUGGAAAUUUAGACAAUUUUCUAUUGUCCAGGGAUUUUAUAAAGUUGUAAGAAUAAAGUAUUGGCACAUAGAGAUGUCCUUUUUUUUGGUCUUUCUGUAUUUAAGUUAAAGAUUAAUAAAAAUUAAAUUAAAACAAAAAGAAUAAAGU